GAAUGUGACACUCGUGCUCUUGCCACAUCCUUUCCCAAACCCAGAGCUUCGAUCACUUCGUCAGCGGCAUCGACCAAUUCCCAGACAUAUCUCUAAUUCUGGCACAUCGAUCUAUUCGGCGGUCGCAAGGGCCGUGGCAACACAAGGUGAUUAGAAUGGGGAUCCGCGGCCACGUACACCCUGCGUCAGCAUGAAGAUUCAGAUUCCACUGAAUUUCAUGAAUUCCGCGCGGACCUGAAGACGCACUGAAGGCGUCUUCGACUUCCGCGUCAACCCCAUUUUCGGCAUCGAGGCGGCGCGGUGUGGACUGGCAGACACCUUCGAGCAUAAACCUCUUCCCUUCCGCGCUUUGCGUCAGGUCUACCGCCAUCGGCAACGCAGAGGGAGGCAAACGUUCAACUUGUUAGGGAAGUUUUGACUGCUGAAUCCAUCAUCUUCAGCUUGAAGAGCGAAACUCUUUCUUUUCAUUAUUUCACAAUAUUACAAUUUCAGAGGCAGAACUGCCUUAUCGGCUAAAACACCUUUCUCGACGCGGAAAAGAAAGGUUCGAAUGAUGGACCCUGAGCAGAAGCUGGCACCCGAGAAUUCACAUAGCGGGAAAAUUUGCAGAGAAGUGAAGGAUGAUCCUACUCGAGCUUCAGGAGUUGCGACAGACGACAAGAGUGUGGCAGACACGCAUACCGAUACGGACGCGGAGGAGAGCCUGUUGCAAUCGGUUUCAGAUUUUAUCACCGAAUCUGUUCAUACGUUGAAAGAUACUGUUUCAGGCAGCGCAGGAGGUGGAGAGGAGAAAAGUGUCUUGCAGUCCAUGGGAACAAGAAUUGCCAAUUCAGCGCAUUCUAUGAAGGACACGGUGAUGGGAGGCACCAAUGGAAAAAUCCUAACAGAUCCAGACGAAACGGGAGAAGCAUCUAUACUAGUCCAUUCCAUCCUGGACUGAGGUUGAGACACAGGUUUUAGAUUACGUCGGAGUAAACUUGAUAGAACGAUUCGAGGAUGAAUCAUACGAGCAUACAAUGGGAUUGUCAAAAUUAGAAGGAAUUGACUACCCCGUUAACUGAAUCGACAGGGCAAUGAUCUGCAUCGGAUAGUCAUGGUAGCCACGGUUACUUCAGUUUUCGCGUGUAUGGGGCAGGCUUUUUCCGAACGACUGCGAUGGAAACAAUUAUCAUAUUUCCAAUUAUGUUUGAAAGUAGAACCACGAAUUCUUUUGCAAAAGCCGAAGAGAGUAAUUAUAUAAUUUCUGGGUACACAUUUCAGCUAGUUUACACCAGGUACGAAAACUAGGGCCAAUUCAAAUUGGCUUGAUACCUGUGAACCCAAGUGAUUGAUUUGACCUCAUGAGUUUUGAGUAUUUUGAUCACUGGAAAGGCUAGUAGAUUUGUAUAUUGAAACUUUACGAAGUGCAUCUAUUUUACAGUAAAUACAUCCUGAUUGUCUUCGUGUGCACAAUGCACAUUUUUCUGUUCCGCAUGUCAGAUGAAUUGACUUUUGAAUA